AUGGUGGAUUCCGAGCGGCUGGCGGCGCGGCUUGGGCCCUGGCAGGAGCGGCUGGUGGCGGACCAGCGCCUUCCGUGUGCGCAGGUGGCGGUGGUGCGCCAUGGCAAGGUGUGCUACCAGGCGCAGGCGGGCGAGCAGGCGCCGGGCACGCCGCUGCGCGCCGACACCAUCUUCCGCAUCUACAGCAUGACCAAGCCCAUCGUGAGCAUGGCACUGAUGAUGCUGUACGAGGAAGGCAGGUUCCAGCUCAACGACCCUGUGAAGCUUUGGCUGGGCAAGCAGUGGUCCCGCGAGAGUAUGCGCGUGUUUGUACGUGGCAACGCAGACCUCUACGAGACGGUGCCUUGCAAGACGAGUAUCCGCGUCUGGCACCUUCUGACGCACACAAGCGGGCUCACCUACGGCUUCGACGCACACGGCGUGGUCAACCCGGUGGACGCGCUGUACCACCACGCGGGCGUCGGGCGCACGAAGCCCGGGCUUGACCUGGCCGAGUUCGUGGACAAGCUCGCGACCAUGCCACUCAUGUUCCAGCCAGGCGAGCACUGGCACUAUGGCUACAACACGGACGUGGUGGGCCGGCUCGUGGAGUGCAUCUCAGGCCUGCCGCUGGACGAGUUCCUGCGCACGCGCGUGUUCGAGCCCCUGGCCAUGCACGACACGGGCUUCCACGUCCCGCCAGCCAAGCGCGACCGCUUCGCGGCGCUGUUCAUGCCAGCCGACUUAGACCCGACGCUGGGGCCACGCAAGCCCGCGAGCCUCACACGCGCGAGUGGGCUGGUGGACAUCUCGGCACCCUCCGACUUCAACUACCGCAGCGUGGAGGAGCUCGGCGACAAGAAGAUGCUCAGCGGUGGGGGUGGCCUCGUGUCCACCCUGGCCGACUACACAUGCUUCUGCCAGAUGCUGCUGCGCUGCGGGCGUGGCGAGCCCGCGCUCAUCUCGCGCAAGACGCUGGAGUUCAUGACGCGGAACUUCCUGCCCGACGGCCAGGACAUGGAGCAGCUGGCGCCGCCGGGCGGGUACUCUGAGCUGCCGGAGGAAGGCAUCGGGUUCGGCCUCGGCUUCAGCGUGGUUCUCGACCCCGCCAAGAGCAAGCAGAUCUGCUCCCCAGGCACCUUCGCCUGGGGGGGGGCUGCGUCGACCAUUUUCUGGAUCGAUCCCCAGGAGGACCUCGCGGUCAUCUUCAUGACACACCUCAUGUUCAAUGACCGCCUCCGGUUGCCGCUGCGCGCCAUGCUCCAGAGCCUCGUGUACGGUGCCGUCGUGUCUAAGCCCUUGACUGCACGCCUGUGA